ACUACGGGUAGAUGAGCCUGCUUUCUGUCAAUGGUUCAUACAGGCUAUUCUGUAUUCUAGUUACUAUAGACAAUCAAUGACAGGGUGUACUAGAGCCACAAUACAGCACAUACUAUUUAUUUAUUUAGAACUGUCGGUACCAAGUUCAACAAAAGUAGGAAAUAAAACUCUAGUCUCCAGUCAUGGCUUUAGUGGGAGUUAGAGCUUCAUACCACAGGAUUCUUAACAAGAUCGAGCUCAAACUACCUGCUAAACUGAGACCUUUCUACAACCAUCCAGCAGGUCCAAAGACAGUCUUCUUCUGGGCACCAGUGUGUAAAUGGGGUCUGGUUAUGGCUGGCAUGGCUGAUAUGACAAGGCCAGCUGAUAAACUGAGCCUCUCUCAGUCUGGAGUACUCAUGACUACAGGUGUUAUUUGGUCCCGAUAUUCUCUUGUCAUUAUUCCGAAGAACUGGGGUCUCUUUUUUGUCAACGGUUUUCUUGGAUUGGCAGGAGCCAACCAACUUGUUAGAAUCUGGAUGUACCAACAGGAAGUAAAGAAGCAACAGGACGAGAAGGCCCAGAUCCCCAUCAUAUAACACACACACAUACACACACACACACACAUACACACACACAUACACAUACACACACACAUAUUUAAUUUCUUCAUGUCUUAAUCCAUUUUUAUGCAAAGUCUGUAAAGUCAACCUUCAACAGUCACUAACACUGGUUUGAUAUACAGUACAUAUCACAGGUCUUAUAUACAGUACAUGUCACAGGUCUUAUAUACAGUACAUAUCACAGGUCUAAUAUACAGUACAUAUCACAGGUCUUAUAUAUAGUACAUAUCACAGGUCUUAUAUACAGUACAUAUCACAGGUGGCCGGUUGCAACUUCAUUUGGGAGGGCUGGCUCAUAGUGAUGGCUGGAACGGAAUACAUGGAAUUUCCAUGGUUACCUGUUUGAUAACAUUCUAUUCACUCCAUUCCAGCCAUUAAUAUUAGCAUUCCUCCCCUCAGCAGCCUCCUGUGAUAUGUAUAUAACCAGGCACUAUAUUCUAAUAGGCCUAAUGAAUAUGUAGGAAUUUACAUUCCUUCCUUUUUUGUGUUAGAAUUAUUUUGAGACCAAGGAAAUAUCAGGUUUUGGCUCGAACUCUCAAUAUUUGUAAUAGAUUUGUGCCCUUAAAUAUUUACUUAGUAUUAUGUGCAUUUAAUACAGUUGUUUGUAGGAUUACAUAAUUGUUGUAAUUUAAAUAAAAUAAUGUAUUUAUGAAAGCUG